UACGGCAGCGUGCGGAAAAUGGCGGAGGGCGCGGAUGGGGCGAGCGGGGAGGUGCAGGAUCGCGCCGAGGGGCUGAAGGCCAAAGCCAACCAGUAUUUCAAAGAUAAGGAUUAUGACAAUGCCAUUAAGUAUUACACGCAGGCCAUCGAGUUGAACUCGGAGAAUGCUAUUUAUUAUGGGAAUCGUAGCUUGGCAUACUUACGGACUGAAUGUUAUGGCUAUGCCUUGUCAGACGCCACCAAGGCAGUGGAACUGGAUAAGAAAUACAUUAAAGGGUAUUAUAGGCGAGCAACAGCCAACAUGGCACUGGGCAAAUUCAAGGCUGCGCUGAAAGACUACGACACGGUGGUCAAAGUGAAACCAAAUGACAAGGAUGCAAAAAUGAAAUACCAAGAAUGUAAUAAAAUUGUCAAACGGAAAGCAUUUGAGCGUGCAAUAGCAAACGACGAGCUGAAGAGAUCAGUGGUGGACUCUCUGGAUAUAGAGAGCAUGACAAUCGAAGGUGAUUACACUGGUCCCAAACUGGAAGAUGGCAAGGUCACUUUGCAGUUCAUGAAGGACUUAAUGCAGUGGUUCAAAGACCAGAAGAAGUUGCACAGGAAGUGUGCUUAUCAGAUACUGGUCCAGGUGAAGGAGGUGCUGUCGAAACUACCCAGUCUGGUAGAGAUCACGGUGGGCGAGAAAGAGUUCAUUACCAUUUGCGGAGACAUUCAUGGGCAGUACUAUGACCUGUUGAAUAUAUUUGAACUCAAUGGAUUGCCGUCAGAGUCUAAUCCUUAUUUAUUUAAUGGUGAUUUUGUAGACAGAGGGUCUUUCUCUGUGGAAGUUAUAUUAGUUCUCUUUGGAUUCAAGCUGCUCUAUCCAAACCACUUCCAUGUUCUCCGAGGUAACCAUGAAACGGACAACAUGAACCAAAUGUAUGGCUUUGAGGGUGAGGUGAAGGCCAAGUAUACGUCGCAGAUGUUUGAACUCUUCAGCGAGGUAUUCCAGUGGCUGCCUCUGGCACAGUGCAUUAACAGUAAAGUUCUGAUAAUGCACGGAGGACUCUUCAGUGAAGAUGGUAUAACCCUCGAUGACAUCAAGAAGAUUGAUCGAAAUCGGCAGCCUCCAGAUUCGGGUCCGAUGUGUGACUUGCUCUGGUCAGAUCCACAGCCUCAGAAUGGGAGAUCAGUCAGCAAGCGUGGUGUCAGCUGCCAGUUUGGGCCAGAUGUCACCAGGCGGUUCCUGGAGGAGAACCAACUGGAUUACAUCAUCAGAAGCCACGAGGUGAAGCCUGAGGGUUACGAGGUUACGCACAACGGCAAAUGCAUCACUGUGUUCUCUGCGCCAAACUAUUGUGAUCAAAUGGGAAACCAAGGGGCAUACAUUCACCUCAGGGGCUCUGAUCUAAAACCGUUCUUUCAUCAAUUUAAAACUGUGCCUCACCCGAACGUAAAACCAAUGGCAUAUGCAAACUCGCUACUGCAGCUGGGAAUGAUGUAGCAUCGGAGCGUCUGGUUUGGACAGUAAUCCCUCCCACAGGUGGGGGGGGUGGCGUCAGGGUUUAAUUUAAUCUUCCUCACUAGAUCUGCCAUCUCUGAACCAAGUCUCCUACCUUCCCAGCACCACGGCCCUAGAUAAUGUGUCCUGCCCCUUGCUGUGGAAAGCUAUGGAGUGUAAAUCAACUCUCAAACACAUGGCUCGUGCACGUGUCGUGUUUAGAUGUACAUCUUAUGCCCUUCUGACAUUUGGUUCCAAAUCAAAUCCUGAAUCCCUGCACCAGUAAGACUCUGCAGAAUAAAAUAAUUUAAUUUCCUCUAGCCACUGCUGAUUAUCUCUCAUCCACCUCCCUUCUGCUCUCAACCAGCCCAGUGAUUGAACUUGGCCUCUCCAUUGCCAGAGGAAUAGGGAGGUGUGGCUGGUUCAUAGUCUCCUGAUUACCAGCUUGAUUUGAACAGUGGUGAAGUACUGAAUCCCACCACUGUUUGAACAUUUCCCAUUCUCCAGUUCUCACCUUCACCUUCCCCAAUCCCACAAACAUCCCUCGCGUUCCAUCAACAAAAUCCAAAAGUCUAUAUAUAAAUAAAAUUGCAAUGCUUGGCAGUUUUAUUUGGAGGAAUAAGUCUAGUUGGCAUCAGAACUUGGUUCUGGUUUGCUACAUCAGGUUGUAGCUCUUGUCUGUAGCCAUUUCCAUCUCUGGUACAUCCCUGUGAGCCCCAGUCAAUGCAACCCUUCAAGCAUUAGCUGAUUGUUAUCUCACCUGCCUUCCCGGUUCUUCACUCACUGUUUUACACUGGUUAAAGUUUUUUUGGACUGGGGUAUUACAGACAGGUUUGUUCCUGCCACUUCUGAAUAACUAAUGGAUGAAUCCCAAAGCUCUGAAUAUGUAAUCAGCAGCCUGCAUUCCCUUGGAAAUUCAUGGCAAUCGCUGAUUUUAUAUCCAGAGUUAAAGCUACAAAUCUGGAUGUGUUGGAUCAUGGAUUAUUGAAUGUACCUAGGUGUCUCAUUAGUCUUUGAUCUUGAGAUGGCAAGGAGGCGAAGUAGUGAACACAGGGCUCAGCAUUGUGUUCCCUGGGCUGACAGAACCAUUGUUCAGAGGAAAGGUUUCUGGCAGUAAGUUUGACCACUGAUUCACCUUUAUUAUAGAUUAAGAGCUGUGUAUCAGCUGUUGAGGCUUCCAUGGUAGCAGUCUAAGAACUUGCAUUUCUAUAGCAACUUUCACAUCCUUGAAGCCGCAGGGCACUCUAUAGUCAGAAAAGUAAACUUGGAGGAAAAUAAAGUUGUAGGAAACACGCUUGCCAAUUUGUGCAGAGCAAACUCCCACAAACAGUAAUGUGAUGGUGGCCAGUUAAACUGUCUCGGGGUGGGGGAGAUACCAGGGCACUGGGAGAACACCCCAGUUAUUGCACUGAAAGGACAGAUGGUGUGGGUAAGAGUGCUUUUGCAUCAUUCGCAGUGAUGCGUCCUUUGUCACUCAACGUUUCUCUAUCUGCAGUGGAGGGUCCCUUCUCGCCGAUGCGCUCUGUCCACAGUUCCCAGUUCCCUCUCCUUGGUUGUGCCUCUGUCCACAGUGAUGGGUCCACGUUAUUAACUUGCUUCGGUCUGGUUUGUGUGCCACCUCAGUUUUAUUUCCAUCUCCAGUGAAGGAGAUUUUUUUUCUACACACUGCUCACAAGGUCAUGAAAGUCUCGCACAUCUGGAUGAAUUAGGAGGUAGUAAAUCUAUGGGGUUCAACGCAAAACCAAUGGCCAGCAAAUCCACGUGGAAUAGGGACGGGUGAUGCAGGGCUGCGGGGGGGUGUAGUAGGGGGGCAGGUAACAAUCAGGUGCCUCUCCUGAGGUCCACCUCAGCUCCAUAACAUCCAGGUCACUACUGUGCAACUCGUUCGUGCUCUGCCAUUAGGGGAGCCUCUUGCCCCAACCCAACCGAUUUACUUCACUGCCUUGAGGAAAUGAGUCAAACGUUUCCAUUAAGAUCACAAGACCCACCUGGAGGUGUAGGUGAGAGUGGUAAGCCAGCUGACACUUAAGGAGGGUGAAGGAAGGAGAGGUUUACUGAAUAGAGGUCAGGACAGUGAAUGAAUAUCACUAUCUGCUCUCUGGACUCAUCAGUAAUGAAGAGCUGUACUUUUCAACACAUCUCACUUCCUGAGGCUUUAAAAUGUUCCACUUAUUCCGACGCUUCAAUUGUUGUUCGUUAAGAAUAUACCAAUAUCAGCCCUAAAUUUGUAUCCUCUCCACUUUCCCUGGUCCUGUCAAUAGUCUUGUUUGAAGCUGUGCCAAUCAUUUUUAUCUAGUUUCUUCCCUUAGAUUGAGAAUAGCUCGGGUUUUGGUAGGGGCAGUCAGAUUAUAAUUGGGAGUGAUGUCCAUUCUUGGUAUCUGUUCUGUAAACCGUUCCUCCCUCCCCAUCCCAAGUGCCAGUUGUGACUCGUUGUGUACCGCUCCACCUCUGGGUCAGAAAACCAUGGGUUCAAAUCCACCCAUCCGUCCCAAGAGGCAACCACCAAAAUCCAAGCUGAUGUUCCCUAUGUGACACUGUUGGUGUUGCAGUGUUUUAUAUGAGGUGUUAAUGCAAGGUCCAGUCUACACCCUUGGUGGUCUAUAAACAAUCCCACGUGGCAGUAACUUGAGGAGGAACAGGGGAGUUGACCCCAGUGUCCUGAGCCAACGUUUGCCCUUCAGCCAAUGCUACUAAAAAGAAUAAUAAAACCAGAAAAUGCUGGAAACACUCAAUAGGUCAGGCAGCAUCUGUGGAGAAAGAAACAGGGUUAGUGUUUCAGAUCGAAUGAUCUGACAGAUUGUUUCUCUCUGCAUGGAUGUUGUCUGACCUGCUGAGUGUUUCUGCAUUUUCUGUUUUUAUUUGUUUUCAUUAAAUUUUCAGACUGAAAACAAAUCAUCUGUUGGUUACAAUGCUGCUUUUCAGAGCUUGCUCUGCACAAACUGGCUGUUAUGUUUCCCAGACAAUACACAUCAAAGAUUGGCUCUCAAGUGCUUUGGAAUGCCCUGAGGCUGUGAAGGUGCUGUAGAAAGGACAGUUCUUACUCCUUCAGCGCACCAAGACGGCUCUCCUUCAACACUGUGAAGAUUCUUAGGUUCCACAUACAACUGGUAUCGGGGAUCGUGUAAUUAAAAUGCAAAGAAUUCUUUCAGUGGAAGCCACAGACAUGUACAGUGGCUUCUCUUCAUUUUCAGCAGAAUUUUUGCCUUAGCAUGACUCUGAUAAAUUUUUGUAAUACCUCGCGAUCUGUGGCUAAACUAGUUCCAUUACACCUGGGCCACAGGUGUAUCUCUGAACGAACAGGUCAGCAAUUUUUUCUGGUUUUUCUUGUUGUUAUCAACCAAUCCCUUUGAAAUUCUGCUCCCUGGAUGGGGCAUUAAACUGCCUGCCAGAUGAACAUACUAGUUCCCUCAGAACUAGUUCCCCCAAAGAACCGGAUGUUCUUCCUGGUUUCCUCGCCAAUGUUCCUCCCUCAUCCAACAACUUCUGUCCUUUCCUGCUGCUUUAGGAUCUCGCUUUUGGUAAAGCGCCUUCACACACUAGUCAACAGCUCCUCAUUACUGGGGAGCACCUUGAAACUUCCCAAUGCUGUGAAAGUCACUAUCUAAAUGGAAGUUUUCUUCGUGUGCAUCUGUCAAGGUCCCGACAACUCGACUGUCAUCACAACAGUUGUUUAGAGGCUUGUGGUGCCUCAUUAGCCCCAUUGCUAGUGGGUGGGCAGUGAUUUUUUUUCCCCCUAGGAAGGCAGUGGAGAACUUUGAGACAAAACACAGGUGGGCCAGAGCAAGUGUGCUUUUGAUUGCCUCCCUUCACAUGCCGACUGUUCCUGUUUGUUCAGUCUUAGUGACUGGGAGACUCCCACCUCAGCUCCGUGCUCAGCAACAACAUCGGAGCAUGUAGCAAGCUUCACUGUCAUCCCAAACUAGGUAGAGACAAACACCUUCAACAGUUUUUGUGUUCAAAAACAUGUUAAAUCUUGGACAAAGUGGCAACGGAAUCUUAUCCCACUGUCUGGAGAGCAGUGUACUGUCCUGGGCCCGGACCUGGCUCAUUCUCUGGGAAAAAGUCCUGAUCUUGUGUGGAAUAGGGAUAUCCAUCUGUUGCAGAGCAAGAGGCUGAGCAACUGAAUGAAAAUGUCUUCAGUUAACAUUCAAUAUUCCCAACUUUUCGAUCCCUACCAAUUCACUUUUACCGAAUAAAAACCCUCCAGUUCUUCCUGCCCAAUGUCAAUCUUCCUUCUAGACAGCUGAUCUCCCAGGGAUAGCGUCCAUGUUCCACUGACUUCCGUGCAAGAGCAGGCUUGUGGACCAAGCGUUCGGAGCCUCUGGGAAGCCCUGCGAGGGUGUAGGGGGAGGAAAAAGUAACAGGCUUCUUCCUGGGAAAAUUUAAUUUUUCUGAGAAGAAUCAUUUGAGUGUUAACGAACCCGCAACCAUAGCUUCUCCCGACACGGAGGGAGGACUGGUUAACGGAGCCUGUGAUGGUGUUCUGGGUUCCUCCACGAUGGCAUGGUGUUCUCAUGAUGUUGAGUUCUUCCUUUGCUGUGGGACCCAUUCUGAUUGACAGGUAAGAGCACCUUGGGCAUUGCGUGUCAAGUAGAUUUAAAACCAGCGUGGAGUUUGAAAGAGUUGGGGGUGGGUUGGGGGAGGACUUGACGACCUGGUGCUCAAUUUAGGCACAAGAGUUUUAUAAUUGUAUGUGUUUGCCAUCAUAAUGUCACAGUCAAAUAAAACUUUAUUCAAAUGUUAGAAUUCUGAAUUAUAUUUAAUGACAAUGUGCAUUGUGGUGUUUGAAAACUUGCAACUUCCUGAAGAUUGUAUUUGCCAAAUGGCAGUGGUAUUUUGAAUAAAAAGGUUGCAAGGAC